AAUCUUUAACCCCCGCCCCUCCGAUAAACCCCGGAGAAAUUGACUACUUCUUCUCAGAUCCCUGAAGAACUUUGCAAAUCCAAAUAGCCCCUUUCGUGGAGCAGCCCUUCGCUGGAAACUUUCCAAUUAGGCCUCUAAAAGAAUCUGACCUUGAAGUUGAAGCCCCUCCCCGCCCCGCCUCCACCUCCCCGGCCGGAGAAGACCCUGAUGCCGCUGCGGCCGGAGGACUGAGGUUGCAAAUGGGCGGGGUGACUUCCUCGGUGGCCUCCAAGAUGGCGUUCUUCCCUCCUAACCCGCCGUCUUACGGCGUGGUCGACGAGGAGGAGCCGCCGCCGCCGCCGGGUGCCGCUCAGGGGACGAAUUCCACGGCGGCGGCGGAGGAUGCGCGUAAGGUGGCGACGAGGAGGGUGGUGAUGACGGGCGUGCGGUGGAGUGUGGGCGUGGAGGCAAGGCGGGUGCGGACGCGGCGGGGCUCGGAGAUCAUCGCGAUGUACGUGCGUCACCCCGGGGCCAGCCUCACCGUGCUCUUCUCGCACGGCAACGCCGCCGACCUCGGGAAUAUGCACAGGAUCUUCGUCGAGCUCAGCGCACGCCUCCACGUCAACCUCAUGGGGUAUGAUUACUCUGGUUAUGGGCAGUCAUCAGGCAAGCCAAGUGAAGCUAAUACUUUUGCGGACAUAGAAGCUGCAUACAAAUGCCUUGUGGACGUUUACGGGACUAGGGAAGAAGACAUUGUUCUGUAUGGUCAGUCUGUUGGCAGUGGACCAACCCUCCAUUUAGCUGUUCGUUUGGAUCACAUAAGAGCUGUUGUUCUGCACAGUCCGAUACUUUCUGGUUUGCGUGUCUUGUAUUCUGUGAAGAAAACAUACUGGUUUGACAUUUACAAGAAUAUUGACAAAAUUCCCCAUGUGAAAUGCCCGGUUUUGGUAAUCCAUGGCACAAAGGAUGAUGUUGUUGACUGGUCCCACGGAAAGCGGCUCUGGGAGCUGUGCCAGCAGAAAUAUGAACCUCUGUGGAUCGAGGGAGGUGACCAUGGUAACUUGGAGACAUUCCCGGUGUACACAAGACAUUUGAAGAGGUUCCUGUCGGCCAUAAAAAAACUGCCAGCUGAAAAAGAAGCUGCAGCUGAGAGUGGAAAAUCGCCAGCUGAGAACAAAACACCAUCUGAUGAUAUAGCUAUUUCCGAGGUUCCUUCCAUGAUCUCGCGAAGGUUGGAACCGUCAAGGAAGACCGCAAUUCAUGAACAGCCUAUGCUGGGCACGGAACAUGUGGAUAAACGCAGGCGAAGCACGGGCCACAGAGAGAAGGCGAGAUCCAGUACGGACAGGAAAGAAAAAUCUAGGAGAAGUGUCGACUGCUUUGACAGGAUUGAUGAACUUGAGCAAACAGAAAAGCCAAGGAAAAGCUUUGAUAGGAUUGGAGAGAAGAUUAGAUCGAUGGGUCUGUGCAAUGUGGAUUGCUUCAAAGAGCCUUCCCAUAGCACUGAGCCUUGCCGUGGUCAUUGAGUGGAUUUCUGGUUGCUGUCGGUAUUCCCCCCAGCUUCUUAGAUACUGGUUUGUGUGCUCCAUGUGAUGGAAAUCAUAAGAUGUUCACGAACAGUAAAGAGAAAUAUAGCACGACCUUUUGAAGUUGUCUUC